GACAGUGUUUGGUGCCGUUUUCAUGGAUUUGAGCCAUAUUUCUAUAUCAAGUAUUCCCCCAGAAUCGCCCUUGACAAUAUAUCUAGGUUUCAUCGAACUCUUGAGGCACUAUUUAUAUGUCUCUUCUUACCGUUUUUGUCAAAAUUAUGGGGAAUUCCAUUUGGUUAACUGCCAAACUAUCUUAAAGAUGGUGUUGCUUGCUGUCUAAACAUGGGUACCUUAUCAACUGUCAUGAGUAAUGAAAAGGGAAACAGUUAUUAGGAAAAAGAAUUGCCACCAAAUUUUGACAGAAGUGGGACUGAGAAAUUUAUUCGUGCCAAGUAUGAGGGAAGACUGGGUUGCAAAAAAUGCAAAACAAUCAGCUCCUAAACCACUAGAUAUGAGCGUCGGUUCCAACAAUUUGGUAAAGGAUGGAGCGAGAGGAAGCGAUGCUUUUUACAGUGGCAGAAGCUGCUCCACCAGUGGCAAGAUCCCGUGGGGUAGAUUUUAACUGUUGCAAAAUAAUGGUCAGUUGGUGAGACGAUGUUGACUUCACCAAGGGAAAAAGGAGUCAUGGUUUUGAACAAUACUAUUAAAUGGGUUUCAACAUUGGAUUUAUUAAACCUCUAAUACAGUUACUUUUCAGCAUCCGACAACACUGAUAUAGCAUUUGGUGUACACUUCUCUUUUGAAACCCAAUCAGAAUUAUGGCCCCAUCAGUAUUGAGGAUCCGAUAUUUCCAGGGCCCCAGUUGAAGAUCCUUCUAUAAGACGGGGAGCUUGGAAAAGUCUGGGAGUACUCCAAACGAAACGACUUGACUUGGCGGGUAAAAUUCCAUUAGUAAAAACUGACUUCUACAGAUCAAUCAUUUCAAGCAUUGAUCUUUCUAAUAUUAAAGCAACUCAAAAAUGGGAAACUUCAUACCGCAACCACAAUUUUCUCAACUCACGUUGAUCAGAUCUUAUUCAAUGCCUGUUAUGGUUUUCUUUGUUCUUGCCAUGGCAUUUGUUGUUGCUCAAGCACAACAAAUGCAGUCGAAUAUCGGCCGCGGAUCUUCCUUAACACCAACUACCAACUCCUCGUGGUUGUCACGUUCUGGUGUAUACGCCUUUGGAUUUUACAAGCAAGGAAAUGGCUAUGCUGUGGGGAUAUUUCUUGCUGGAAUCCCCCAAACAACUAUAGUGUGGACUGCAAACCGAGACGACCCUCCACUCUCCGGCAAUGUUACUUUGGACUUCACAAGUGAUGGGUUUUCCUUGAAAUCAACACAAGGAAAAAGUUUCGUGAUAGAGUAUACCUCUGGUUCUUCGGCUUCCAUGCUUGAUUCGGGCAAUUUUGUGAUAUACAAUGCCCGUCAAGACAUAGUAUGGCAAAGUUUUGAGCACCCAACUGACACCCUUUUGCCGGGCCAGCGCCUGUUUGCUGGGGGCGAGAUGUUCUCUGCUAAAUCAGAAUCUGAUCCUUCAACUGGCAUUUUCCGCCUCAAAAUGCAAGCCGAUGGAAACCUUGUCCAAUACCCUGUAAAUACUCCAGACGCACCUGCAUAUGCCUAUUAUGCAUCUGGUACGUAUGGGAGAGGAAAGAACGUGACACUUAAUUUUGGUGCUGAUGGCCAUCUCUACUUGCUAAAUGAUACCAGUUCGAAUAUCAAGAAUAUAACAGAUGGAGGUCUUCCUGCUGAUCAAGCAACAAUUUAUCUUAUGAGAAUUGAUGCGGAUGGAAUAUUUCGAUUGUAUUCGCAUGAUUUGAAUGACAACGGGAGCAAGUCAAUUGUGUGGGAAUCUUCCAAGGAUAAGUGUGACCCUAAAGGCAUAUGCGGAUUAAAUAGUUAUUGUGUCUCAAUGGAUCUUGACGUGGAGUGUAAAUGUCUUCCUGGAUUCGUAUCUGCCAACCUGGGAAAUAAGACUUCAGGCUGUAGGAGGAUAGUUGCAGAUGUUUGCGAAUACAAAAACGAAACUUUCCCGUACACCAUGGAAGAAGUGCAAAGCACAAUAUGGGAAGACAGUUCGUAUGUGGAUUUGCCAUUAUCAGACAGAGAAGCUUGCAAACGAGCCUGUUUGGAGGACUGUAAUUGUGAAGCCGCGAUUUUCAAUGGUACAAGCUGCAGAAAGCAGAAGCUUCCUUUGAGAUAUGGAAGAAGAGAUGAUGGUGCUUCAAACGUAGCUCUCAUCAAGGUAGCUACAUCUACAACUACUCCAGACACAGAAAAAAGAAGCAAAAGAAAAGGUAGAACUGACAUCCUGAUUAUUGGUCUCUCACUUACUGUUUUCGGAUCUAUUUUGGUGGCGAUUUCUGUAGUUGCGUUUUGCAAACAUAAUUCGUGGUCAUAUGGAAGAGUGGAUAUUCCCAUUCUUGACUCUGAAUUGAAUGAGGACAUCUCUCUACGACCAUAUACUUAUGAAGAGUUAGAGAAGAUUACCAACAAUUUUACAGAAGAGGUUGGUAGAGGCGCGUCGGGAAUAGUUUAUAAAGGAGUGAUCUUGGCUAGCCAAAAGCGAGUUGCUGUCAAACGACUAGAGAAAGUUGCAGCUGAAAGCGAAAAAGAAUUUCAGACUGAACUGAAAGUCAUUGGGAAAACCCAUCACAAGAAUUUAGUCCGUCUGCUUGGGUACUGUCUUGAUGGACCAAAAAGGCUUUUGGUAUACGAGUACAUGAGCAAUGGCUCACUUGCAGAUGUACUCUUUACGCCUGAUGGGAAGCCUUCUUGGGAAGAAAGAAUGAGAAUUGCUCGCAACAUAGCGCGAGGAUUUCUUUACCUCCACGAAGAGUGUGAUACGCAGAUUAUUCAUUGUGACAUAAAGCCCCAAAAUAUUCUGAUGGAUGAGUACAUGUGCCCGAAAAUAUCCGACUUUGGAUUGGCAAAGCUGCUUAAGGCAGACCAAACUAGAACCACAACUGGAUUCAGAGGAACCAGGGGAUAUGUUGCACCAGAGUGGCAUAGGAAAAUGCCAAUAACAGUUAAAGCUGAUGUUUACAGCUUCGGAGUUGUGUUGUUGGAGAUCAUAUGUUGUCGAAGGAAUGUGGAUUGGAGUCUUCCCGACGAGGAGGCUAUUUUGGAUGAAUUAGCCUACCAUUGUUUCGAGACGGGCGAGCUUGGAAAACUAGUGGGUGAAGAAGAGGUCAACACAAGGCAAUUUGAAAGGAUGCUUAAAGUUGGACUUUGGUGCAUCCAGGAUGAACCGUCGUUGCGUCCUUCUACGAAGAAGGUUUUACUCAUGCUUGAAGGAACUGUAGACAUCCCAAUCCCUCCCAAUCCAAUUUCCUUUUUGAGCACCAUCUAAAGUCGAGUGAGUGAUACGUACUUUAGUGAUCAGAAAACUGAUCAAACCUUACAUUUAGUUUAUGUAAUAAAACUAAUAAGCAGCAUGGUGAUUUUCACCGCAAGCUUCACUGUCUGUAAGUGUUUGUGUCAUCAUGAAUGAUAUGCAUGAGGUUUUCAGUUC